AUGUCUGACCAGUGGGUAACCGAAGCAAAUGACGUUACUGGUUAUGAUGAACCACUAGGUCCGUCAGAGGCACCAGAAGUGAAACUUUUUGGUAAAUGGUCACUGGACGAAGUUCACAUUUCCGAUAUUUCCUUAGUGGAUUACAUUGCCGUAAAAGGGAAAUCAGCAAAAUACCUUCCGCAUAGUGCUGGUCGAUAUCAAGUCAAGCGUUUUCGUAAAGCGACAUGCCCACUGGUAGAAAGACUUGCAUCAACAAUGAUGAUGCAUGGUCGGAACAACGGAAAGAAGCUGAUGACUGUGCGUAUCGUCAAACAUGCUUUCGAAAUAAUUCAUUUGUUGUCUGGCGAGAAUCCUGUGCAAGUACUUGUUCACGCUGUUAUAAAUAGUGGACCAAGGGAAGAUUCAACACGUAUUGGUCGUGCAGGUACAGUAAGGCGGCAAGCUGUUGAUGUGUCACCUCUUCGUCGUGUAAAUCAGGCUAUUUGGCUGCUGUGUACUGGUGCACGUGAAGCUGCAUUCCGUAAUAUCAAAUCAAUUGCGGAAUGUUUGGCAGACGAAUUGAUCAAUGCAGCGAAGGGGUCGUCGAAUUCUUAUGCAAUCAAAAAGAAAGACGAAUUGGAACGUGUUGCGAAAUCAAAUCGUUAA